GAUAACAACAAACUUUUUACAAUCAUCUCUCCUCCCAAAACAACCAUGGCGACCUUCAUCCCAAAAGUCGAACAACUUUCCUCCAGGGUUAUUCGUGUUCUGGGCUGUAAUCCUGGUCCUAUAACUCUACAGGGAACAAAUACAUACAUCGUUGGUACCGGUAAAAGACGAUUUCUGAUUGACACCGGCGAAGACGAUCGGCCAGAAUAUCUGAGCAAUCUGAAGAAGACGCUGAGUGAUCAUAAUACAAGUAUACAGGAGGUACUACUCACACAUUGGCAUCAUGACCACAUUGGAGGAAUCGCUGAUGUCCACAAAGAAUUGCAAUUGGCUCCCUCCAUAAGCUUCAGCAAGCUGUCAAGAAACCCAACUCAGCCAGAGCCCAUUGAAGGAGCCGAUCUUAAGUACAAGUAUCUUGAGGAUGGCCAGGUGUUACAAGCAGAAGGAGCCACGCUGAGGGUUAUAUACACUCCCGGCCACACGGAUGACCACAUGGCUCUGUUACUUGAGGAGGAGAAUGCCAUCUUCACUGGAGACUGUAUUCUUGGGGAGAGUUCUGCGAUAUUUGAAGACCUUUUCACCUACAUGAAGUCACUAGAACGUCUUCUGACUUGCAAGGCAGACAUCUUGUACCCGGGUCAUGGACCGGUCUUGCAUGAUGCUGUCAACAAGGUUCAGAUGUACAUCAAUCAUAGAAACAUGAGGGAGGGACAAAUUGUAGAUGUCUUGAAGUCUCACAAGGAUAAGGCUCUUACCUCCAUGGAUGUGGUCAAGAUAGUAUACACUGACACCCCAGAGGCGCUACACAUUGCCGCAGCCAACAAUGUUGGUCAUCAUCUCGCCAAGCUAGAAAAAGAAGGAAAAGUUGUCAAAGAUGCAGAUGAUAAUGGAUAUCAAUGGAGCAGUAAGCUUUAGUUAGGCCAAAGCAAUAUAAAAACAUGUGUAGUUUUUUUUAAUGUGAAAACAAAAUUAAAAUGUUUUAGAACUCAGCAAAAAAAAAUCGUUUUGUAUUA